CUCCAAGUGGAGAAGGUUUAGCAAGAUUGCGGGGUAAACACAGACGAGGACAGUUAUGUCUGCCAAUCCGAAAGAUUUGAUCAGUCUCUCUAGGGGGGAUGGUACCUCGGCCGUCGUUCAUUUGCACGGUGCCACAUUACUGUCCUGGAAAUGUAAAGGUCAGGAGAUGCUGUUUGUAAGCAAAGAGGCUGUAUUUGACAACAAGAAAGCCAUCCGAGGUGGAAUCCCUAUAGUGUUCCCUAAUUUUGGUCCGUGGAAGCAUGGUCCCCAGCAUGGGUUUGCCAGAAUCAAGAGGUGGGAUGUGGAGCAUGAGCCAGGCAGAGAUGUGAACGGAAAUCCAACGGUGUCGUUUUCUUUGUGUGACGAUGAGGGAACCAGAAAUAUGUGGAACAUGAAGUUUAAACUGGUUUACACAAUUGUGUUGGAAGCAGACAGCAUUAAGUUAACUCUGACAGUAGAAAAUACAGAUAGUAUUAUCUAUGACUUCACCUGUUUACUACACACUUACCUGGCCACACCUGAUGUCACCCAGACAAAGAUUGAGGGUCUUGAGGGACUCUCCUACAUAGACAAGCUGCAAAAUGGGGAGAAAUGCACAGAGGAGAGGAAGAUAGUAAAAAUUACGGAGGGAUAUGACAGAAUUUACAAGAAUGCCCCAUCAGAAAUCACAGUGUCUGGGCUGGAUUGUAAGUCUUCUGUGAAGAUCAACACAAAGCUCUUCUCUGAUAUUGUGUUGUGGAACCCGUGGGAGAAGGCAAGCGGCAUGUCAGACUUUGGGGAUGAGGAGUAUCAGACAAUGCUUUGUGUGGAGCCAGGAUAUCUGUACAAGACACAGGAGAUUCACCCGCGACAGGUCUUCACCUUCAACUUGACCAUGACCAGAGUACAGUAGAUGGGUCACAGACAGAGUCUGUCCGUUGCUCAUCUAUGGUUGUUCCCAUGCACAUGACGCAGGAGAUUCACCCAUAGCAGGACUUCAUGCUCUUUCAACCUGACCAAGACCAGAGCACAGUAGAUGUGUCACAGACAUAGUCUGCCCGUUGUCCAUUUAUUUUUUUUUCAUUUUCAGACAUCAUACAUGUAUAUGCACAACAGACAUGGACAUCGUCCUUUCGAUUUAUUCUUGUUUUCUUUUUUACUCCUGAUAUUCUGUAAUUCGCAACUGUGCAGCAAUAAUGGACUUGAACUGAAACUCUCUUGUCGUAUAAUGUGUUCAUUUCUGAAAGUUUUCAGUUUUUCUUGAAGAAAGGAGCACAUUUUCAUCUCACAUCCUUGGUUAGUUUCACAUUAAUAGCAACAAACAAACCACAUUCGAAGCGUUUAUUUUGAUUGUUUGUUUGGGAUGAAUGUGUCAUUUGUCAUUACCAAGCACCCUUUGGUCCACAAUGCACAUUUCAUGUACUUCAAUUCUCGCCACAUUUACUACUGUUCACUUUUUAUAAAGAUGUCACUAACACCACGACUAUUUGGAGGGUAAAAAGUUGAGGAAUUUUUUCACUUUGUGAUGUUUCAAACCUGAAUUUGGGCCUUUGGUGCCAAAUACAUUACAGGACAAGAGAAAAUUGUCUGUACACUCAGUGUAAGUACAUGUAGGUGUUUGAUCCAUUUCUGUAUACUCCAUUUUCUACAUAAACAUUCCAAGUUUUUAGUACAGGUUCACACAUAACAUUUUGGGCAUGUAUCAAAGCAUACCACAUGAUGAUCUUUUAAUUCCUUGAGAGAAAUGAGAUAAUUGUUGUUAUCUUUAAAUGGGUGACAUACAAACUGAAGCGUAGAGUACAGAAAAACUUAGUUGAGUAUUUGCACUGACUGACUGAUACUUCACUUUGCUGCUUGAACCAAACAAAACUACAAAUAUGAUAUGGUCCUAGAUGUUUUUGUAAGAAUAUAUAUGAAAACUAAAUGUUUUGCCAAGCUUUUGUUAGAUGUGAAUGUGUGGAAGUGCUACAGCAGGUGUGUUUUAUGAUGUGUGGAAUUGAUAUUGUCUAGAUACUUACUUGUAGCAUUUUUGUCAAGUCCUUGCUUCUUAAUGUCAUUUAUAUUUUUGCAUAUGUAAUAUAUCACCCCUGUAUGUGAAGCAAUAUUGAUAUGAAAAGAUAUAAAAAGUGGCAGAUAGAAAUAUUUAGAUGCACACAUCUAUUGCUUUAUGUUGUCAGAUUUUGACUUUAUAUAUUUAACAUUUUCCUCACAUAGAGUUGUAUGUAGUUGUUGUAUAGGUUUCAUUUCAUUUUAUUGUACCUGGGAUACAAUGUCCAAGUGUAUAGAUAUGAACUAUGUGAAUUUUCUAUGUAGAGUGUAGCCUGGCAAACUGUUGUGGAUGAUAAUUAUUAUCACAUCAUUUUGAGUAUUUCUAGUUGUGGAUACCUUUGUGGUGAUUUUAAAUUCUACAGUUUAAUAGACAGUGAAAUAUUAUAACUCGUGUUUGUAAAGAAAAGCACUAGAACCAUGUAACACUUCUAACAGCCACAUAAAAGUGAUAUGGAGACCAUACUCAUUGAAGUCUAUGUAGUUAUUGAAUAGGUAGAGAUCAAUAAUCAAAAACUACCAUAUAUUGGUUUUGAUUACAGAGGGUAAUUUCAUACUGAAACGGAAAUAACAAUGAACGUGAUGUGUUGUUUUUUUUUCUUUUUCUUUAUUGUGGAAAAUUAUUGAUUGUUGGUCUGUUUAAAGGAAAUUCUACUAUCCAUCCUGACCAAUCAAUCACAGCAAUCAAGGUCACAUGAUCCUGAAUCUAGACUUGUGGUGUACUGUUGUAAAAUUACAGUUGUUGUCUGUUUUACCAUUUAACCAAAAGAUAUUUACACUUUAAAAGGAAAUACUCUUUUUGCGCCAGUAAGUCUUUGGCACAAAGCACAGCAACAUGUUUUCCAUUUUUCUGAUUCACUAUACAGGUAGGGUUUAUUAGGUAAAGUUUUUACUACUUUUCUUUACAAGCUCCACAUGUACUCUGUGUUUAGAAAGUAACUUUGUUAUUUAGAAGAACAUUUUUGAACAAAAGUUACUUCGCUGUGUAAAACGUAGAUUUUCUCAUGAAGAUUUCUUCUGGGGAUGUAUUAGCUGUCUUCUUUUUUCUUCUUCAUGUAUAUCUGUGAAGAUGAUGAAGAAAUGUAGUCUGAAAGAACUAAUUUCAGUUGGGUUCCAUACAUAAAAUGAUUAAAGAGAGAUAGCAACGGAGAUGAAUUGAUUAAGGCCACAUGUCCGACAGUUUAAUAAAAGGACAUAAUCCUCAAAAUAAGAUUAAAUCAGACACUCAACAUACAGUUAAUAUGAAUUUUUAAAAAAAAUUUUAUUUUUUUUUUUUCAUUUGUAUUUGUGAAUGAUUGGAUAAAUGUAGCCUAAGAAAUGUCAUUUAAAACUAUAAUUUCACAUUUAUCUUUUAACACAAACUUUAAGAAGUUAUUGAAAUUUAUUUGUUAUAUUGUUAUGUACUAAUUUUAAUGAUACGUUAGUAUUUAGGACAUGGUUUUUUAAAAUCCUCAUUACUUUACAUAUACAUAUUAUUCAGCUGUGGAUAGACUUUUCCCUCAAAACAUUUCCUUUAAGGCCAGAAGAAUUAAUUGUGGAGUCAGGAUGGACAUGUGGAAUUCAAAAGUAGAAUUUUUCAGGAAAGAUAUAUUGUGUUUCUGUUCAAACUUAUAUUUGUGGAAAAGAUCUGCCGAUUUGAAAACUUCAGCUGAGGGUUUUACAAAAUUUAACUGUCUGCCUUUACAUUAAUUUAUUAGAUCUUAUUUUUAUCACUACUGUGUAAUUUUUGACCGUUUAUUAGUGUUUAUCAAAACUAUUUAUAUGAAAUCAUAUAUGCAAAACUCGAUCAUGCUUAUAUUAUUGAUGCCACAUGAGAUUUGGCAGUUAUAUAGUACGUGCAGAAGUUUGUAUUUAAUUUUAUACAUGUAUAUAUGGCCAUGGUAUAUGAGAAAUUUAUCUAUUUAAACAUUUGCAAAGAUUUAUAUUGUCAACCGUGAUGUACUUUUGUGGUGUAUUUAUUAUUUUUUUUCUCAUUAGUUUUUAGUCUUACAUUGUACAGUAUGGCAUUUUCUUCCUUUAAUCUUGUGUAUAAGAAAAUAAGCAUCAUUGUUUCAGUAAAUUAGGAUUAUGUAAUAAAUUCUUAUAUAUUU